CUCCGCCGGCGCUGCCUCCUCCCUCCGCCCGGCUCGGCCUCCCUCGCUCCCUCCCCUCGUUGCUGGCUCCGGCGGCGGCGGCGGCGGCGGCAGGCGGGGAGGGCGUGCGCCGGCCGAGAGGUGUCGGCGACGAGGAAAGGGAAGUUUCAAGUGGAAGGUCGUCCGUCGACCGGCGCGUCCUCCUGCUCUCCUCCGGCAGCAUCAUGGCGGAGCCGAGCGGCUCGCCCGUGCACGUCCAGCAGCCCCAGCAGGCGGCUCCGGUGACAGCGGCGGCGGUCCCGGCGUCCCCGGCGGCCGCGACAGCAGCGCCGGCCCCGGCCCCGGCCCCGGCGGCGUCCGCGGUCCCGGCCCCGGCCCCGGCCCCGGCCCCGGCCCCGGCCCCGGCCCCGGCCCCGGCCCCAGCCCCAGCCCCGGCCCCGGCCCCGGCCCCGGCGGCGCAGGCGGUCGGCUGGCCCAUCUGCAGGGACGCGUACGAGCUGCAGGAGGUUAUCGGCAGCGGAGCUACUGCUGUGGUUCAGGCUGCCCUAUGCAAACCCAGGCAAGAACGUGUGGCAAUAAAGCGGAUCAACUUGGAAAAAUGCCAAACCAGCAUGGACGAGCUACUAAAAGAAAUUCAAGCCAUGAGUCAGUGCAGCCAUCCCAACGUAGUGACCUAUUACACCUCUUUUGUGGUAAAAGAUGAACUUUGGCUGGUCAUGAAAUUACUAAGUGGAGGUUCAAUGUUGGAUAUCAUAAAAUACAUCGUCAACCGAGGAGAACACAAGAACGGAGUUCUGGAAGAGGCAAUAAUAGCAACAAUUCUUAAAGAGGUUUUGGAAGGCUUAGACUAUCUACACAGAAACGGCCAGAUUCACAGGGAUUUGAAAGCUGGUAAUAUUCUUCUGGGUGAGGAUGGUUCAGUACAAAUAGCAGAUUUUGGGGUAAGUGCAUUCUUAGCAACAGGGGGUGAUGUUACCCGGAAUAAAGUCAGAAAAACAUUUGUUGGCACCCCGUGUUGGAUGGCCCCUGAAGUCAUGGAACAGGUGAGAGGCUAUGACUUCAAGGCCGACAUGUGGAGUUUCGGAAUCACUGCCAUCGAAUUAGCAACAGGAGCGGCGCCUUAUCACAAAUACCCUCCCAUGAAAGUGUUAAUGUUGACUUUGCAAAAUGAUCCACCCACUUUAGAAACAGGAAUAGAGGAUAAGGAAAUGAUGAAAAAGUAUGGCAAGUCCUUUAGAAAAUUACUUUCCCUGUGUCUUCAGAAAGAUCCUUCCAAAAGGCCCACAGCAGCAGAACUUUUAAAAUGCAAAUUCUUCCAGAAAGCCAAGAACAGAGAGUACCUGAUUGAGAAGCUGCUUACGAGAACACCAGACAUAGCCCAAAGAGCCAAAAAGGUAAGAAGAGUCCCUGGGUCAAGCGGUCACCUUCAUAAAACCGAAGACGGUGACUGGGAGUGGAGUGACGACGAGAUGGAUGAGAAAAGUGAAGAGGGGAAAGCAGCUUUUUCUCAAGAAAAGUCACGAAGAGUAAAAGAAGAAAAUCCUGAGAUGGCGGUGAACGCCAGCGGCAUACCCGAGCAGAUACAGUCCCUUUCUAUGCAGGACUCCCAGGGCCUGCCCAACGCUAAUGAGGACUACAGAGAAGGUUCUUGCGCUGUGAACCUCGUUUUAAGAUUAAGAAAUUCCAGAAAGGAACUUAAUGAUAUACGAUUUGAGUUUACUCCAGGAAGAGAUACAGCAGAUGGCGUUUCUCAGGAGCUCUUCUCUGCUGGCUUGGUUGAUGGUCAUGAUGUAGUUAUAGUGGCUGCUAAUUUACAGAAGAUUGUAGAUGACCCCAAAGCUUUAAAAACCUUGACAUUUAAGUUGGCUUCCGGCUGUGAUGGAUCCGAGAUUCCAGACGAAGUGAAGCUGAUCGGGUUUGCUCAGUUGAGUGUCAGCUGAUACAUGUCCCUUGCGGUGCCCUGAUCUGUCAUGCCUCCCUCACCACACUCCCCCUCAACCUCUCCCUCCCCACGUCCUCCCACCCCCUCACUCCCAGUUCCCAGCAAAAUCUGAAGAUUGUGAAGAGGCCGGCUUCGACGAAAUGGGAUAAAAAAGAAUUUUUUAAAACUUAA